AAAAGAUGGUAUACUGCCUAUAGGCAAUAGUUUGAUCACUUCAAUGUUCACUUAAGGAGGCUUAAGUGCACAAUGUUAUCACUAAAGUUAUUGGUGGUCAUCGUGAGCACGUUGCUGCUGCAGCGUUGCUCAUCCGAUCAGUCCUUGUCGACUUUGAAAACAUCAUCAGGGCGGUCAGCAUACUUAGAUGCCGAAUCGAAAAGCUCAAAUACCGAGAUAACACCGGAUUCAUUUUCGCACUCAGAUUCAUCACUCGCAGUAUCUCAGUCCGAGAGUUCACAAAGUGAUUCCAGUAUAGUGAACACAAGUGAUGGAAUUUCUCUCCAAGAUUCCAAUUCUUAUUCAUCAAAUAACAGUGUUUCUGGUUCGAAUUCCAAUAUUGUUGCCACGGAUGGAUUCAUUUCUCAGUCCGAGUCGAAUUUCGAAUCGUCGUCAUCGACAACUGCGGAAUCUGACACUUCUGUUACAGCCACACCAAAUGGCACAGUAAUGGCCUCGACGACAUCUUCAUCUACAUCGUCAACAUCUUCGAGUGCAACUACCAGUCGCUCAGUUAGUGGACAGUUUUUGGAUACCGGUGAGGCAGAUAUAAGUUUCCAAGAUGAAGAUUUUCCUCUUUUUGAUUCAUCGCAUGAAAUGCCAUCAUUGGAUUCGAUCCCCGAUUUUCCAGGAAAUUCUCCAGGACCUGGGAAAUUUCCAGGAUUCCCUAAUUCGAGUUCAUCUCAUCAAACAAAAUCUUUGGAUUCAAUUCCCGAUUUUCCUGGUAACUCUCCAGGACCUGCUCAGUUCCCAAAUUUCCCGAAUUCAAAACUGCCAUCUCCUUUAGAUUCUAAACCGUUUCCAGGAUCUCAAAAUUCAAAACUUCCUCCAAAUUUCCCCAAAUUUCCAAAUUCUUUAAAUAAUAAUGUAUUCAAAAAGUAUGAUUCCAACAAUCCAUAUGCACCAGCAGGAGCGUUCAAUUCGAGACUUACUCCAAAAAUUGGCACUCCAGUAGGACCUGCUGGUAUGAGUACACCACUUUUGCCCCAGACAAGCGAUAACCUUCUCAACGGUCCAGAUACUUCAAAACUCCCUCUUUCACCUCCAAAUUCUCCUUUGAGUUCCACAAUAAACACGGAAGUGGAUAAUUCCCUGUCUAUAAAUUCAUCACCAGAUAGUCAGUUUCCAAAUGGUAUUCCAACUCCUGAAUCCCUUCAGCAACCUUUAAACACACCAUCUCCAACUUUGGCUGAUAUAACAUCGAGUGAUAGUCCACUCAAUUCACCUAUCCCAACCUCAACUGAUAUCCAUGAAAAUUUGAGUUCGAUCAAUGAUUCUCAAUCAAUAUCCCCAUCACCUAUUGAUAACAUUCAACCUAUCACUCCUAAUUUGUUACAUGAUAAUCUAACAUCAAAUGAUAUUUCUCAACCUAGUCCAACUAUUCCAGGACCAAGUUCAGGUUUACCAAAUUACCCAUUAGAUGUCAACUCACCCAUUCAACCCUCCAAUCUUUCAGUGAAUUCUCUUGACAACAAUGUCCCAAUAGAAUUCCCUUCAGAUAUAUCUAAUCAGACCUCAGAGCUCUAUGAUUCUUCAACCAAUUCGCACCCAUCUUCUCCUUAUGACUCUUUGCCAAAAUCCCCAGAAAAUGAUAUUCUCAAUGGAUUACACCCCAACAUGCCUAGUCAAAUUUCAGAAUUUCAUGACGCUUCAAAUCUCCACCCUGCCUCUCCUUAUGACUCGUAUCCAGUUCCUACAGUUUCUUCAGCAGAUCUGCCUUUAGACAAUAACCUUCCAACAAUCCCAUCUGAUUCUCUUCAUGCCCCGGGUCCACAAAUUCCAUCAUCUGGCCUACCUUUUGAUAGUCCAACUGGGCCAUACAGUUCAACACAUAAUCCAAUGCCAGAUAGCAUCAGUGAAAUUGAUUCACCUUUUUCAAAUCUUCAACCUCAACAGCCAUAUGAUAUAUUGAAAAAUUCGCCCAAUUAUGAUGAUAUUCCAACUCCUGACACACCUUAUGAUACUGAUUUGCAUCCUGAUGAUCUCACUCCAUCACCAAACCAAUAUCCUACACAAAUUCUGGAAUCCAUGGAUUCUGACCAAAAUGGUGAAAUUUCACCGGAGGAGAUACAAGAAUCAAAUAUCCCAUCUACACCAUCAACUUUACACCCAAUGGAUUUAAAUCAAGAUGGUUUCAUUUCUCCAGAAGAAAUACUACAGUCGAAUAAUCAUAGCCCAACAACUUCAGAAUCAAUUGACUUUGAUCAGAAUGGCUUGAUUUCCCCAGAAGAAAUACUUGAUUCAAACUAUCCUACACCAACAACUCCAGGAUCAAUUGAUUUGGACCAGAAUGGCUUUGUUUCAACAGAUGAAAUACUUGAUUCAAACUAUCCUACACCAACAACUCCAGGAUCAAUUGAUUUGGACCAGAAUGGCUUUGUCUCAACAGAUGAAAUAUUGGAAUCAAGCAGUCCUUUACCAACAUCACCUACAUUAUCUUCAUUAGACAAUACAGAACAGUUGGAAAUUUUAGAUUCACCAUACCUCCCCCCUGGGUAUAAAGAUUCAAUGAUUUUACCAGAUGAAAUUUCACCAAUUGAUCAAAUGAAUUCACCAUUCCUCCCCCCUGGGUAUAAAAAUACAAUGAAUUUACCAGAUAAAAUUUCACCAAUUGAUCAAAUAACACCACCUUAUGAACAAUCACCACCACUUCCUUAUGAACAAUCACCACCAUUGUACCAACCAAAUCUUGGAUCACCGAGACCAAGAAUAUCACCAUAUGAUAAACUUCCAAGACCACACCAAGUGUAUCCACCAAAACCAACAUAUCCUGAUUACAAUAAACCACCUUUUGGUCCCAAACAUCCUCUUCCUUUUGAAAACAAUUUCCCAUCACCACCCAUGAGUCCUUAUCAUCCCAAAUAUCCUCCAUACCCAACAAAAUAUCCUCCAUACCCGCCAUACUUAACACCUAAUGGCUUUGAUUAUCCCCCUCUCUCUGCUCCUCCUUAUUACUCAUCUCCCUACAGUAGACCAAUAAUACCAACACCAUAUGGUUAUCCAGGAAGCUUUUUACAACCAUCAUCCCCAUUGAAUCAUCCAUUAAUGCCAGGUUUUUACAACCCAUCAUCUCCGUUUUCACCAAGAAAUCCUCUUCUGAAUAGACCUCCAUACCCUUAUCCAGAAUCACCAUUUGAUGCACCACCAAGGCCACAUUAUAUACCAAAAGACUGGUCAAGAAUUCCAAUUUCAAAAGGAUCUCAAUAUCCACCAAAUACUUUACCAUCAACAACUCCAGGUAGUUUGGAAUCUCUGCCAUAUAACCAGCCGUUGGCAAAUUCACCAGCAGACUCCUUAUUACCACAAUCACCAGAUAAUUAUCCAUUGUCACCAUUAUCUCCAGCUGAUUUAGAUUCUUCACCAUAUAGUUCACCUUCAACCAUCUUACCUGCAGAUUCCUUACAACUACAAUCACCAGAUAAUUAUCAGUUGCCUCCAAUAUCUCCGUCUGAUUUGGAUUCUUUGCCAUACAAUCAGCCCCUGACUUAUUCACCCACAGAUUCUUUGCUACCAGAAUCACCAAGUGAUUUUUAUUCACCGGAUUUAUCUUCAAGGCAACCUUUAGACAAUUCACCUUAUAGCCUACCAGGUUCUCCGCAAAUUACUCCAGAUGUUAUGCCCACCAAUUCCUUGGAUUUAAACAACUCUCCAUUCACAUCACCGGAUUCAUCGCCAUAUCCCUCUCAAGAUUUGAACACAAAUUUGCCCUCAGUAACACCAACUUAUCCAUCAGACACACUACCCACUUCUUCUAGCAGUAUGGAUGAUGAAAUAUUUGAUGUUCUGAAACAAACAUAUGAGCGUACAAAUGCUGAUUACCAAUUAUUGUCAAACUCAAUUUAUCCAAGGGACAUCUCUAUCAAUUUUGAUUCAAUGACAGAUGAAGAAUUGACUUACAAUUUUGUGAUUUUGGGAAGCAGUCCUGCUGCAUUAUCUGCCUUGAAAACGCUAUUGGAUACUGGAAAAUCAGUUUUACUCAUUGAAAGAGGCAACUUGCCACCUCAUAUCAGCAAGAGCUUAUACUACAGGCCAAAAAUAUUGCAAUCAGAUUAUGUCCGCAAAAUUAAAGCAUCAGCUCCUCACUGCGAUACAGAAAAAAUCAUAUAUGUUCCAAAUGUUCUUGGUGAAGAGUCAACUUAUGAUUCAAAUGUAUGGGACUAUGGAGUAAAAAGCAAGUACAUGAAAUGGGGAAAACUUGGUAAAAAAUGGACAUGGAACAACAUUAUGGAAUAUUUCACUGAUGGUUAUGAUCAACCAAACACUUGCUCAAUACCAGUCACCACUGAAAUUGAAAACACAAGAGCUGUGAAUGCAGUGACCAGCAUUUUUAAUGAUGCUGGAUUAUACAGAACAGAGUAUCAGAAAGGCAAGAGGGUAGAGGGUUUGACUGUGUUUCCUUACCUGCAUGAAAAUGGAAAUAAUGUAGUAUUAGCUGAGAAAAUUUUCCAACAGCUGACAAGUUUUUCCAACAUUCAAUUAGCAUUAGAAACUACACCUGAAAGUAUAGUUUUUGACAACAUUGGAAAAGCUAUUGGAGUUGUUGUGAAAACUCCAUGCGAAAAAACUAGAACAAUUUCAAUCAUUGAUGAACUCAUCAUCGGAAGCAAUCCGGUGGAUGCAGUACAGUUCCUUUAUCAAUCUGGAAUUGGUGAUCACGAUAGAUUACAACAAUUGAAUAUACCCACACAAAUCAAUUUACCAUAUGUUGGUAAAGAGCUGGCAAUAACACCAUUACAUUUUGGUGUAAUUUAUCUGUUUCCUCAAGGUACUUUACUAAGUGAAACAGAAUCAGAUUUUGCAGGUACAGAUUACCUAUUUGGCAAAUAUGGAUUGCCAUCAGCAUUAAAUGUGGAUUAUUUGAAGGCAGCUCUGAAUAUUUAUGGAGCUCAUGAAGCAAAUGUAAUUUUCAAUUUUAGGGUGUUCUCUAAAUCAAUGUCUGAAAGGUUAAGAAGUUAUAUUGAACGUUUGCAGCACAUUGAUAUAAAAAUCAAAGAUUUUUUGACCAACUUAUGUCAAGAAUAUGACUUACUGUUGGCAGUGCCACAAUUGACCAAUGUCCUUAGUAGGGGUGAAAUUUUAAUAGACAAUUCAAGUGGAGUAUUCGAAGCUCUGGUGGACACUGGAAUGUAUAGAAGCAAACGUGAUAUAACAAUAAUGCAAAAAGCUUUGAAAGUUUUAAAAUCCAUUGCAGAGACUGAAGCAUUUAAAUCAUUGAAUGGUAAAGUAGUUCAAAUACCAGUUGAGCAGUGUGGGGAACCAGAUUUUUCCACAGAAUAUAACAAGUGCUCUAUUAGAUACUUGUCAUUACCAAACUUACACUAUUCUGGUGGGACGAUUAUGGGAGUGAGUCCACUAACAUCAGUGGUAAAUGAAGAUUUGCUGGUUCAUGGAACAAAGAAUGUGAGGAUUUUUAGUGCAAGUGUAGUACCUUAUGGUACUUCUACUGAUAGUUGUGCUGUUAGUAGUGUGAUAGGUAAUUUAGGAGCUCAUAUCCUUCGUCAAAACUAUUUCCAAUAGAUAGAAUAGCUUUGUUUUGUAGUUUAAUUACCUAUUGAUUGUGAUUGUCAUUAAAGAAUCAAAUAUA